AAGCGAGAAAGCACAAAUGGAAUAGAAUAGAAUUCCAGAGCAGAUAGAGAGUAGUAACUAAUAAUAACUAGAGAAGAGAGGAGAGUGUGUCUCUGAGAAACUGAGAAGGGUGCCUUAAUUUCAUGUGCUUUUGAGUUGUGUUGUCAGCAUUUACCUCUCUCUCUCUCUCUCUCUGGUUCGUACUGUUAGAUCCAAUCUCCAUAUCUCUCUCUAAACUCUUUUCUUUCUCUUCAAUUCAACCCUAACUCUGAAGUGUUGCCCAAUUUCUCUCUCUAACCGUUUCAAUCUCCUGGCUCUUUCGUUCAAUUUCAUUUCCCAGUGGAAUUGAACAAGGAAUACACUCGGCAGUUUCCCAUUAUUGGUGGUCUGUAAUUGAAAUUGUUAUCUAGUCCUUGAAGCUUAAGAGGCAAAAGUAUGAGUGGAGGGUGCCUUAUUUCUGAUUUAUAGCUGGUAGAGUUACCAACCAUGGGAGCAAACAGUAUCACUCGUGAUUAUAGAUUAGGGACCUAGAAAAGGAAUAGAGAGAGUGUGUUGGGAGAGAGAUCUAUGGAAGAUUUGUCCAAGUAUGCUCACAGUCCUGCUCACUUGGCAGUUGCCAAGCGUGACCAUGCUUCCCUAAGACAUAUUGUCUCUGUACUGCCCCGCCUUGCCAAGGCUGGCGAGGUCAAUACGGAGGCUGAAUCUCUGAAUGCUGAGCUUCGAGCUGAUGAGGUCUCGGCCGUUAUUGAUCGCCGUGAUGUUCCUGGUAGAGAGACCCCUCUUCAUCUUGCAGUCCGUAUCAAGGAUCCAGUGUCUGCUGAUAUUUUAAUGGCUGCUGGUGCUGAUUGGAGCUUACAGAAUGAGAAUGGUUGGAGUGCUCUCCAAGAGGCUGUGUGCACCAGAGAGGAAGCAAUUGCUGCGAUCAUUGCGAAGCACUAUCAACCUCUGGCUUGGGCUAAAUGGUGUCGUAGACUUCCCAGGAUUGUUGCUUCUGCUGCUCGUAUCCGUGACUUUUACAUGGAGAUUUCUUUCCAUUUUGAGAGCUCUGUCAUUCCUUUUAUUGGUCGGAUUGCCCCUUCAGAUACAUACCGAAUUUGGAAGCGUGGUUCCAAUCUCCGUGCUGAUAUGACCUUAGCAGGUUUUGAUGGCUUCCGCAUACAACGAUCAGACCAAACAUUUUUGUUCCUCGGAGAGGGCUAUGCUUCAGAAAAUGGUAAUUUGACUCUGCCACCAGGCUCUUUGGUUGCUCUUUCCCAUAAGGAGAAGGAAAUCACCAAUGCCUUGGAAGGAGCUGGUAACCAGCCAACAGAUGCUGAAGUUGCUCAUGAAGUUUCACUGAUGUCUCAAACAAAUAUGUAUAGGCCGGGUAUUGAUGUUACUCAGGCUGAGCUUGUUCCGCAUUUGAAUUGGAGGCGCCAAGAGAAGACUGAGAUGGUUGGGAACUGGAAGGCAAAAGUUUAUGACAUGCUUCAUGUGAUGGUAAGUGUGAAGUCAAGACGGGUUCCAGGUGCUAUGACGGAUGAAGAGCUUUUGGCUGUGGAAGAUGGAGAAAGUAUGGUGAAUGGAGAAAACAAUGAUGAGUAUGACGAUGUAUUGACUGCUGAGGAAAGAAUGCAAUUGGAUUCUGAAUUUGAAGCCAAUGGAGUGGUGAAAGACAAGAAGAGCUGGUUUGGUUGGAAUAAAAAAAACUCAAAAGGCAACAGUGAUGAACCUGAGGAUCCAAAAACCUCAAAGAAAUUUUCAGCACUGGGUCCUGCUGGUGGCCACCAAAGAUCUGGUGAUCAGCAAAAGCCAUCGUCUGAGUUUCAGAAGGAGGACCCAGAGGACACAAAGAAGGGAAAGGAUAAAAGCAAUAAAAAGAAAAAGAAGAAAGGAGCAGCUAAUGAAUUUAAGAGUGAGAGUGAGUACAAAAAGGGUUUAAGGCCUGUUUUGUGGUUAACACCAGACUUCCCUUUGAAAACAGAUGAGCUUCUGCCACUACUUGACAUCUUAGCAAACAAAGUUAAGGCUAUCAGGAGACUCAGAGAACUUUUGACGACUAAACUUCCUCAUGGAACCUUUCCUGUGAAGGUAGCGAUCCCAAUAGUCCCGACGAUACGGGUUCUUGUCACUUUCACAAAAUUUGAGGAGCUUCAACCAGCAGAGGAGUUCUCUACUCCACUAUCCAGCCCAGCAUACUUCCAGGAUGCCAAAUCUAAGGAAUCCGAGGGGUCUUCUUCAUGGAUUUCAUGGAUGAAAGGAGCUCGCGGCACACCAACCAUCGACACUGAUAGUCACAGGUAUAGUAAGGAUGAAGUGGACCCUUUCAGUAUACCUUCAGACUACAAAUGGGUGGAUGCCAAUGAGCGGAAACGGCGAAUGAAAGCUAAGAGAGCCAAAACCAGGAAACACAAGAAGCAAACUGCUGCAAAAGGAGGAGAUGGAGUUCAUCUAGGCAGUGAGAAUGUGGAAGAACAACAGUAAUAAUAAUAGCAUGGUGUCUCUGUAAUUGUUGCUUUGAUAAUCUUUGCCCGAAAAAGUGUUAGUCUUUGUGCACAACUGACUUUACUUUCCACAUUGGAUUAAUUCGCGAAGACUUCGCCAAGAUUUUCUGGCAACCAAUUAUUUCUCAUUCCAAUAGGGUGCCUGUGUUUUUUUCCCUGUCGCAGUAUUGGCUUAAGAAGAGAGAGCUCUAAUCAUCCGGAAAUUGUUGUAUACUUGUAUUGUCCACACGAGUCGAAAUUGAAGGGGAGAGAGUCCAUGCAUAUCAAUAUUUGUAUCUACAUCAGUAUCGACGAUUAUUGACUUUGCAGUUUUGUGAGUUGUAUUUCAGUCUUCCUGUUGUAUCCUCAAGUUUUGGUUAUUUUGUCAAACUGACUUUGCUGUAGUAAAAUUUGUUCAAAUAUUGUUGUAUCCAAAUUAUUGAAUUACAGGAACACUUCUGUUUUCUUUUCUUGCAA